AACUUAGCUACCAUGUAUUAUUUUUUUUGUAAAUUAAGCAUGCCUCUUCCGGGAGAAGAUUUUAUUAUAAAAGGGAAUUGAAUUAUUCUAUUCUUUAGGAGUGUAAAAUAACACCAUAUCAGCAAUAAUGAGGAUAUAUAUACUUGGGGCAGUGACACUCUUCAGUGUGGCCAUGAUGGCAUCCGCUAACAUGUACAAAAUGCCAAACAUGAAGAUGCAAAUGCCGUCAUAUGGUUAUGGUGGGGGACAAGUCGGCGGUGGUAGACAAGGAGGCUCAAGUGGAUUUGGAGGACUAUUUGAAAUGAUCAUAUUUUUGUUCGUGUUUAUACUGUUGAUUCAAUUAUUGUUCGGAGCCGGUGGAGGUGGGGGAAUAGGAGGAAUAGGGGGUCGAGGCGGAGGCGGAGGGGGAGGCUACGGCGGGUAUCGAAAAGGUGGAGGACAUGGUGGUCAUGGUGGUGGUCAUAAAGGCGGCGGAAACAGCUACAGCACUGACAGCCACGAUAACGAUUAUUAAUCUUUUAAGAAUCAUUGCCCCACGUGAUUUCCUCUUCUAAACGGACCCCAAAGAAACAACCGACUUCCACGAUUGCCAUAACAACGAAUAAUGAAUAUAUUGUUAUAAUUGCUUGUUAUUUGAUGUUAUUCUUUUAUAUUAUUUUUGUAAAUACAUUCCUGCAUUAAGAAAA